AGAGUCUCUUGUGGUGCAAUCAGAGUCCCGCCUCAGCAGUAGUCCCACAGCAGUCGCCUGGUAAAGACUGAUCUCUCUGAAUUAAAAAAUAAAAACUUCUGCUGGCAGUGAUCAGUUUUUUAAAGAGUGAUCUUUUUUAAAGUUUAUUUUUAAAAAAUAAGAGUGUUCCAAUCCAACAAUGUCCUCAAGUACCUUCCUUUUUGAACAACUCUUAUAAGUUUUUUUUUUUUAAUUUAAAUUUUAUUUCCGUUUUUUAUUUUUGAGUGUUAAGUGUUCUUGAAAUAUUACUUCGUGAAUUAAUUGUUAAAGAAAUAAAACUUUUAAAACAAAUUUCAAAUCGAAAGAAAACAGUGAAAGCAAUAAAAAUAUGGCUAACUCUGUGGAGAAACCAUUUAUCGCCAUGAAGGAGGAUGAUCUUAAAGAGAUCGUCUCCGAAGAACUGGAUCGAAUCGGUACCGGUGGCAAAUGGGUUUGGACACUUUUCUUCCUGUGCGUCACUCCAAAUAUACUCAAUGGCUUUCACGUAUCGUCUUACGUAUUAAUUGGCCAUAUACCUGAGAAAAUGUGGUGCGGUGUAAAUGAACUCAAAGACACCAAUUGGACACCCGAUCAAAUUAAAUCAAUCACAGAAGCUGAUUUAGAUACCAAUGGUUGUACAAUACGCGAUUGGAAUUAUGCACAUUUAGCUCAAAUGCCUUAUCAUAUGGCAUUGAAUUAUACUAGCAGAAUAAGUAAACCAAGCGAAAUCUCGUGUAAGAUUAAGGGACAGUAUGAGUUUUCGGAACCGGAAAAAACAUUCGUUCCUGAUUGGCAACUUGUUUGUGAUAAAUCAUUGCAACGAACAUCAGCUCAAGUAGCAAUGUCAAUUGGAAAGUUUUUGGGUUCGUUUACACUUGGAAUAUUUGCUGAUGCAUAUGGACGCAAGGCAAGUUUUAUGUUUGGAUCAGCAGUUUUUGUGAUAUCAAGUACUAUCAUAGCAUUUACACCAUUGUACUCACUUUUCUUGGCUGGACGUUUUGGUCUGGGAUUAGCAUCUUCAGGGCUUUUUUAUCCAGCUUUCUCUUUACUGUCAGAGAACAUCAGCGUUAAUCACCGAUCUUGGAUGAGUAUUGCUUUCUCAGCAUCUUAUCCAAUUGGUAUGAUUAUUCUAGCUGUCACAGCUUAUCUAGUUCAACCAUGGAGAGAACUACAAAUGACACUUACUAUUCCAAGCUUUUUAUUAAUUUUAAAUUGCUAUCUAAUGUUCGAGUCUCCACGUUGGCUAAUGACCCAAAAUCGUUCUGCUGAGGCUUACAAAAUAGUGUUCAACAAAGAUUGUGACUAUCAAAUUGAAAAUGGUCCUGAAAUGGUUACUGCCAAAAGAAAGGAUGACCCAGCCCCAAGAUCUCUCUGGCUUAAGCUUAAAGAAGGCCCAUUGAAGCAAUUUAUUGCCUUAUAUGGAAAUUCCACAAUUAGACGUCUAGCAUUUACUUGUUACUUUAUGUUCUGUGUUACAUCUUUAUCAUACUAUGUUACUGCUUUAAAUGCACACAAUUUAUCGGUUAACCGAUAUCUCUAUGUUGGCAUUACUGGUAUGGUAGACAUUCCCUGCUUCGCUAUACCAAUGAUUUUGUUGAAAAUCACAGGUCGACGUAAUACCACAAUGCUGUUGUAUUUCGGAGCUGGUUCAGCUCUUUUAGCUGUUCUUGCUGUUCCCAGUGAUAAUCCAAAUUUGAUUGUCUUAUUUGCAAUGAUGGGACGAUUUGGCAUCACUGCUGUUUAUUCAAUUGUCACUCUAUACACCGCGGAACUAUUCCCAACGUCCAUUCGUAACUCCGCGCUAGGAACUUGCUCAACAAUGGCUCAUGUUGGUUCUAUUUCAGCUCCUUAUGUAGUUGAUGUUUUGGGUAUUCUUGGUUGGUACAUUCCUACAACAAUUUGCGGUUGCUGUGUAUUGCUGGCAAGUCUUUUGACAUUCACUUUACCCGAAACGAGCAGCGGUAAUUUGGAUCACAUAGAAGAUAAAUCCGAUAAAGAUUCAAUUAAGGAUUCUGAAGAAAACUAAUUAUUAUAUUAAUUAUUAGUACUAAAUAUCUCAUUACUCAUAUUAUGCAUGUUUCUGUUCAUUUGAUAUAAAACUUAAAUUAAGUUAUUAAGAAAACAAAAAGCGAUAAACUAAAUAUUUUAAAAAAUAUAUUAUGUAUUGUAUUAUGUACGUUAUAUUUAAAUACAUUUUUUUUGUAUGCAAUGUUUAA